UUACGGAUACCCAAGGCGCCAAAGGAUCUUCUGUAGCCUGCCAUUAGGUAGGUAUUGCUCGAGUUCGAGUUCGCCUAGAGACUGAGAUGCGGGGAGUUAUCGUUACUAAUAGCGUGUCAAGGAACACACCACCGCGCAAGGAGAGAAAAAGCACGCCACGAUUGACAACGCUCCUUUUGCUCCGGGGAAGUGGAAUCGCACACGAGAUGAGAACUGAAUCGCUGGUCCGCAUGCCAAGUAACAUCAGUUUCUUUUACGUACUUGACACCAAAUCCCCAGAUUUUCCCCUCGCCAUCCACAAAACACAACUCUGUUCAGACGGCAACGGGUCGCUGGGUGGUCUGCGCAACAAAAACGUGUUCCAGUGUCCACUGUGGCAAGGAAUCAGCUUGGCGAUGGAGCAUUGGAGCUCUGCGACUGCGCCUGUUCGGUGGAACCUUUUGAGCUUACUGCGACGUUGUCUCACUGAGCUUACGGAACCAUACCAGACCUUUGGCUUUGCGCCUCAGUCGCAAAUGUGGGCAGUAAAGGCGACGCUUCUGAUCCACUUCCUCCGAGGGCUAAGCACGCCACAUGCAUCUUGUGUCUUUCAAUUCGAUAUCAUCCGCGACCAAACAAAUCUGAGGCCUCUAGAUUUGAUUUUGUUCAAACCGAUCAUCAUUGGACAGACUGCACCACAAGUGUGCAUUGAACCGAGGGCAGCCUUUUAGACCAUUGAGGCGCCCAGCCGUUGGACCUUCCGCAUGUGUGGCUUGGCGGCAAUGGCUGGCGACCCCCUGAGCUUAAUUGGGAUGUUGAACGGGUAGUUCGGAUGCGGCCUACAUAUGGAGGCUGUAUCGGGAAGGCGGGCUUGAUCUUUAUGGCAAGGUAUCUUGAGCAAGACGGGGAUGCCAAGAGA